CCUCCUCUCCUCUCCCCCCGCCUCCCGCCAGCUGAGCCUGCAGCGCAGACGGAGCAGAAGAAGCCGCGAUGGGUCGUCCGGCUGCUGCGAUGCUGCUGCUGCUGCUGGUGCUGGCGGCCGCCUCCGCCUCGGUGCCGGUGGAGAAGGAGGCCGUGGUCGCCCCCGGGGCCCGGGAGGCGGCGCGCUUCGCCCUGGCCCAGGCUUUGGGCGAGGGGCGCUCCGGGGGCCGCCUGUGGGCGCUGCAGGCUGCCAGGAGCCAGGUGGCGAAUGGGGUCAAAUUCUACUUGGAUGUGGCCCUGCUGAAAAGUGCGUGCAGUGGGGACCAGGCCGUAGGCCAAGAUGCUUCCAGCUGCCUUGCUCCGGGAGAACCAGAGCACACGCUCUGUCACUUUGAGGUCUGGAGUCAGCCGUGGACAGGCAGGAAAAGCCUGGUGAAGCAAGAUUGUCAUCCUGCAGAUCCUUCCCAGACGAUCCAGGCUGCCGACCUGGGAGAGUGGGAGGUGUUUCGUCCGGAAGCCUCCGCUGGAGAAGUUGCGUUGGGGCUUCCGCAGACCGACUCCGUCCACCUGGUCUCCCUCUUCAAGGACUUCCUGACCACUUACAAGAAGAACUACAAAGACAAAAGAGAGACGGAGAGACGCUUCCAGAUCUUUGCCGAGAACCUGGAGAAAGCCCGGACGAUUCAGCAGCUGGACCAGGGUACCGCGGAGUAUGGAGUCACCAAAUUUAGUGACCUGACAGAGGAGGAGUUCCGCUCGACGUACUUGAACCCACUGCUGGCCACGCUGCCUGGCCGCCCCAUGAAACCGGCCGCCAUCCCUCGCGACCCGCCCCCUGACGCGUGGGAUUGGCGGGACCACGGCGCGGUCACAGGGGUCAAGAACCAGGGCGCCUGUGGUUCUUGCUGGGCCUUCUCCGUGACGGGCAAUGUGGAAGGGCAGUGGUUCCUGCACAAGCGUUCCUUGGUCUCUCUCUCUGAGCAAGAGCUGCUGGACUGCGACAACCUCGAUAAAGCCUGCCGCGGAGGGCUGCCAUCCAACGCCUACGAGGCCAUUGAGGGACUGGGCGGCCUGGAGACGGAGCGGGACUAUAGCUACGAGGGCCAUGCACAGACCUGCGGUUUCUCCAAGGACAAGGUGGCCGUCUACAUCAAUAGCUCCGUGGCCAUCUCCAAGGAUGAGAGAGAGAUUGCUGCUUGGCUGGCAACGAACGGCCCCAUCUCCAUUGCCCUGAACGCCUUUGCCAUGCAGUUCUACAGGAAAGGCGUCUCCCACCCCUUCUUCGUCCUCUGCAAUCCCUGGAUGAUUGACCACGCAGUCCUCCUGGUGGGCUACGGCAAGCGUGGCAAGCUUCCCUUCUGGGCUAUCAAGAACAGCUGGGGGGAGGACUGGGGGGAGCAGGGCUACUACUACCUGUACCGUGGCAACCAAGCCUGCGGCAUGAACACGAUGUGCAGCUCAGCUGUGGUGGAGUAGUCGCCCGGGCCGCCCCGCUCCCUGCUCCCGUCCGGACUGCCCCUGUGCCGGCUUCCCCUCCAGCACCAAGCCGCCACCUGGACGCCUUCCCCGCACAGGAUCCCGACACCGUGACCCAGGCAGCCUAGCCCUCGCCCUCUUCCCGAAUGGUUGGGCCUCAGGCAUGUCGGGAAAGAGCGCUCCCAGACGCCUGUGGACAUGGGGAGUGAGCUAGAACCUGGGCCCCUCUCUCUAGUCUCCUCUCGCGGUCUAGAUGGGGUGCUGGUGCUUAGCGGCCGCCUCUCCUUCCCCGCGGGAGCAGGUCUCUUUGGGCCGUGCACGUGAGGAAGGAAGAAACCGCUCUCCUCCUCCAAGACGGUGGAAGGGGUCUGCGACGAAUACGACCAAGAUUUAUAUACUGCUUUCCAACAAAAGUUCCCAAAGCGGUUUUGCAUAGAUUUAAAUCUACUCUAGAAUGAUUCGAUUUAUAUCUAGUAGUAGAGAUAAAUCUACUACUUACGUAGAUAUAAAUCCACUCUAGAACGACUUGAUUUACCUAGAUAUAAAUCCACUCUAGAACCGCUAGAUUUAUGUAGAUAUAAAUCCACUCUAGAACCACUAGAUUUACGUAGAUAUAAAUCCACUCUAGAACCGCUAGAUUUACAUAGAUAUAAAUCCACUCUAGCACGACUAGAUUUGUCUCUAGUAGUAGAGAUAAAUCUACUUACAUAGAUAUAAGUCUGCUAUCGAUAGAUCUAGAUCUAGACCUACUCUCCUGAAACUGGCUUCAGCUACUCGUGGCCUUGCUUUUCUUGUUCCUGUGCUGCUCCUUUGAAGGCGGGAAGGAGACCAGGCAGAGAACUGAAGAGAGCCCUCAUUCAGGGGCCACCAGCUGAAUCCCUCUCCAAAACCGGAUCUUGGUUCCCGCUUCCCACCCUCUGAGCUCUUGCUCAUAGUUUCUGGCUCGUGGUGGUGGGGGGCCUGUCGCUCAGUGGGGCAGGGCACCUCCGUGGCGUGCACCAAGCCCCACAUCCACUCCCUGGCAUCUCCAGAGCGGCAGCGAAAGGCCCCUCUAUGCUUGGGUCCCUGGGGAGCUGCUUCCAGCCAGAGCCGAUCAUCCUAGGCUAGCUUUUCCAACUAGUAUUAGGGAGUUCCCUAGAUCCGUGCCAUUUAGCACACCAGCUUGUAUUUCAGAUGACUGUUUUGAGGGAUUCAUCUCACUCUCCUUUCUUGAUUUAACUGGAUAUGCUCCCCUUUCUCUGUAAAUAAGGGUGCAUUUUUCCUGAUUGAUGGGGUGCGCGGAGAGAGGGCACGUUUGGAAAGCACUUCACGCUAUAGCAAGCACUGCUCUCUCCCGGGAUGGUGAGGGUCCCUUCCUCUCUUCCCUCAACACACUCCUGGUCUUUCCCUGCCUUGGGGAAUUGUGACACUGUUUAAAAGGGGACCACACACCCCCAGCUGCUAUUACGAGGAGGGGGACGUUAUUCCUGGUUCCGUUAGGACAGGUCCUGGUCUGCUUCUCUAGAAGACUAGAUGGAAAGGUCACCGGUACAUAGGAGCAGUGUUGCUUGUAACAGGGGUUGCCAGAUGUUGUGGACUACAGCUCCCAGAAUCCCCUCUGAAAUAGCCUUUGGCCCGAGCAUUCUGGGAAUUGUAGUCAACAACAUCUGGGCUUCCCUGUUACAGGGAACAUUGCUUGGGAGUCGUACAAGCUGCUGGGCCAGCAAUAGACAGCUGAGCAGCUGCUUUAGGAAGUGGUCAGGGAAGUGAUGAUGGCACGGAUGCCCACGUGCACCUCAGUUUCUCCUCUUCCCUGCCCCACAAAAAAAACCAAAAAAAAAAAAAAAAAAAAAAAAACGGGUCAAACUCAGCCUGUAUUUGUGCCCAGCAGUCCUGGAUUAAGAUGUUAAUCCAUCAUGAGCCCAGCCCACAAAUUUUGGACAUCAAUCCUUGGUCCCCUGCUACAAUGGCUGAAGGGGGUUAUGGGAGUUGUAGUCCAGCACCUAGGGGCCGAGGAUUGUGAACACCUGUUGCAGGUGACCUAAAGCCAGCCUUCUCCCACCUCCUCUCAGCUUUCCCUCUUGCAAGAUAGGAUAAAAAUACUCACUUUUCAAACUUGUGAAGAUUGCAAUAAAAUAAUCUCUGUGACGCAGUUUGCACAUUCAAAUAAUGCAAUGCAAGCGUUAAGUGUUAGCACUGGGAGUCAGGCUUGAAAAAUGCUUUCGAGAGCGAAGGUAUUGCGAAGGGUGGGGUGGGGUGUCUUUUUCUUUGGUCUCUGUGGGUGUUUCCAGAGAAGGCUCCUUCUGCUUUUGGCCCCAGCCCGGUGCCUAUCAACAGUCAAAGGCUUCUCCUUUCGCACCCGGACCCAAAAUGAGCCCUCUUUGGAAAGGCCCACCCCUAGAUCUGUUGGGGCCCUGAGCUGUUCCUUUUAAGCGGCAGUUUUUAGUGUUAACAGUAUUUCCACACUAAUAAAAGACCGAUGUUGUGA